UUCAGUGGCGCGGGUUUGAUAAUAUUGGUGGUACACGGUGCUGAUCGGGUUGUGAUACUCUUCACUUUGAAAUAAGUUACAAAUACACAUAUAUAUUUUAAAGUGUCCAUUUAAUUUCUAAUCACCGCAAGUUUAGAGGACGGUGUUUGCAAGAUAAGUAAUCUAAAAUGUUUCAACAAAGAACUCCUGUGGGGGCAUCACGUAAGUCAGUGACCACGCCGGGUUUACAAGUCGGCGGUCGAAAAAGUCUUACAGCCUCGGGGUCGCCUGGUAUAUUUUCCCCAAUACGCAGGAGCGCAGUUCCUGCAAGGGGCAAUCUCACAAGGACACAAAAUUCUGCUGUCCGUGAAACUUUACAUUUUGAUGUUCAUACUUUUGGAUCUGCACUUCCAGUCAAAGUUCUGGAAACUCUGGCAGUGGUUGAUGCCGACCAUCAGAUUACUGUUCAUGUGGAUGAAAGUGGAUGGGCAUGGUUGGUCUCUGGAGAGAAACUUAUUAUUUGGAGGAUUUUACAGACCACAAUGGCCAAGUCAUCGGUCUCCAAAGAAAUGCAUCUUCCACCUAGCCAGUUUGCAUGUUUUGCUGAUUUGGUUGCUCUCUCCUUUCAAGAUGGCAAUGGUGAAAAUGCCUCCAUACAGUCCAUCUCCGCCAUGGCUGUCACCCAGGAAGGAAAUGUACGCUACUGGCCCUCUUUGGCACAUGAAGGAACCUAUACAGAGACAACAGUGGACUUUGGUGGACACUUAUGUAAUUUUUUAACUGCAGUUAAGGGAAGUAGUUUUGUUGUGUCAUCCUUUAAAAACCAACUGAUACGUCUUGGUCCAGACAGUUGUGGAAGAAUUCAGCAACGUACUUUGCAGCAAGGGCAGGGUAUGCUGUCUGGGAUUGGACGUAGGAUGUCUACUCUGUUUGGAAUUCUAACUCCCCCUACUGAUAUAACACUCCACAGUCUGAUAUGGGACAGAAGAAGCAGUAGCCUGUAUACACUGACGAGUAGCAAUGUCAAUAAAUGGGAAAUUGAUGAUCACUCGGAACGACAAGUGCUUAGCUGGGAUAUCCAGAGAAAUCUAAAUGAGAAAAUAUGUGAUGCAGUCUGGGGAUCUGAUGGUAAUUAUGACAAGUUUAAAGAUGACAUCACUGUUAUGUACCUAUGCAUGCAGCCUUGCCAGGAUGGUCUUAUUAUUUUGGCAGUAACAUGGCAUCCAGAUGGCACUCCCAGAGUGGGUUAUUAUUGCCUUGUGACAAUAAAGGAUGAAGGUUAUCACUUGUCAGAUGAAAUACCGGUGGAAGUUACCAAGUACAAUCCUGCAUUUCAGGCUGAAGAAGAGCUUUUGGGCUGUCAGUUCUUGGUUCCGUGGUUUUCUAGACAUGCUGCUUACUUGUUUACAGAAGAACUUGUCAUUGUUAGUCCAACUGGCAUAGGGAGAGGGUCAAUACCAGAAGACAAGAUACAGUUCAAUUCUGCAGGAGACAAGAUUCUGGGCGCAGGUUGUUGUGCAGGCCUGCCGAUUUUCUUCUCCAGGAAUAGUGGUCUAGUUGCAGUCAAUGCCAGAGAGAGUGCAUCCAUGCUUCCUGAAAUUGUUGAAAAUUCAUUGUCAUCUGCCAUGGGUGGAAAAUCGGCAGAGUUGUCUCUACAAGAAAGUUGUAUACAACCAGGAACUACAGCUCAAGAAGACAUGAUCAGUCUACUGAAAGCAGCAUUUCUUCAGUAUUGUCGGAAAGAUUUUAUAGGUGCACAAAAUGUUGUGGAUGAAUUAUUUCCCUCCAAUGGUGGUUUGGAUUCUCUUGCUGAGCUUGACAGAAAUGUUGCCCAGAUAAGUGUUGAUUUGAUAGAUGACUACCCUGCAUCUGAUCCAAGAUGGGCCGAAUCUGUUCCUGAUGAGGCACUUGGAUUUAAUCAGCCUUCCCUUAUUCUUCUUCAUCAACUAGAAGAUAAACUGAAAGCUCAUACAUUUUUUAUUGAGUUCCUCAAACAUGUAGAUCUUUUUGAAAGGUUAAGUAUUGUUCAAGUACGUGGUAUUCCAAUGGCAACCAACCUUCUACUCUGUGAACAUGCUGAAAAGCUGACCAGUGCUAUUGUGCUUAAGAACUAUCAUUCUAAGCUACCCCAGUUGGUUAACAAAGCCAUUAAUGUGGCUUUACAGAAGAAGGGCUGUGAUAUUCCUCCAAGUCUUACACCAGCUGAUAUUUUCUUCAGAGAGGUUUCAAAGGUGGACUUAAUUUUUGAGUGUUUGCUUGAAGAAGAGGACCAAGUUUUGAAAGACACUCACUUUGAGACAGCGGAAUGGGCUCAGAUAAUCAUUGAUGUCAACAACAUUUUUAAGGAUGUUUUGCAAGCUGCUGGACAGUAUCGAGAAUCAAAUGCUUCUGUGUACCAAAAAGAAGCUUCAUUAGAGAAGGAUCCAGAAUAUUUGCCAUGGACAGCCUCAAGUGGUCCUGGGGGAGUACGUACAGUAAUUGCUCAGCAACAUGGAAAUAUUCUACAUGCAGUAUACCCACUUGCUGAUACUUCAUUUCGUGUUAUUCUCAUUGAACAACUUGUGGCGCUGCUCGAUUCCUACCUUGAUGGGUAUGUUGCACAACUGAAAUCUGUAAACCGGCCCAAUCAGUCCAAAAGGUACCAUUCCAUUGAAAUGGAAUAUAUACAGAAGCGCUCUGAGCUACUUUCACCAUUACUUUCCUUGGGGCUAUAUCAAUAUGUUGCUUCUCUUGCUGAAAAAUAUUGUGACUUUGACCUGUUGGUGCAACUGUGUGAGAAAACAGACAACCAGAGCAGACUUCAGCACUACAUGACAAAAUUUGCUGAUCAGAAUUUUUCAGAUUUCCUGUUCCGGUGGUAUAUGGAAAAAGGAAAGCGGGGCAAACUUCUCUCUCAACCUAUUGCUCAGCAUGAACAGCUUGCCAUGUUUUUGCAGUCUCAUGAACAUUUGAGUUGGCUUCAUGAAGCUCACAUUCAGAAUUUUGAAAAGGCGCAUAAGACACUGUACACACUUGCUAAUGCAGAGACAAGAUAUUUUGCCAAGAAGAAAACUCUUCUUGGCUUAAGUAAACUUGCAGUCUUGGCAUCAGACCACGAUGAGAAUUUCAUACAAGAUAUGGUUGAAGAAAUAAGAGAGCAGGAACAGUUUCUCUUAUACCAAGACACACUUCCUAAGGCUCUGCUGGAAGAGAAACAGCUUAAUCUGGACACAAUGCCUUUGUUGACAGCCCACGAUCUCAUAAAUCUUUACAUUUGUGAUGAUAACAGAAGAGCUAAUGAAUAUGAUUUUAAGAAGGCAUUAGAUCUUCUCCAGUACAUUGAUAAGGAAAAUGAUGUGGAUAUUGAAGUUCUGAAAAAGGAAAUAUUUUGCAAAGCUCUUUUACGCGAUAAUUGGUUUUCAGAAUGUAAUGAUGAUCCCAUUGAAGCUGCAAAGGAUAGCAUUUUUGUCAAGAUACUGCAGAAGCUUCUGAAAGAAGGAAUCUCUCUUCAGAAUUAUUUGCCAGAUGUCAAAGAGCUGCUGCAAUCCGAUGAGAUUAAAAAGCUAAAAUCAAAUUCAUACUUUGAAUUUGCUUUGCGGGCAAACUAUGAACGUUAUCAGCAGUGUUAGGCAUCUUAAGAAUUUUUUUUUCUGGAAGUGUUUAUGGAUUUCUCAUUUAUAUUCCUGUAAUAAAUUUGUUAAUUACAUUUUUUAUAAUAAAUAUAGUAAAAAAAGUU